AUGGUCCCCUUUUGCAGAGCGCUGGCACUCAGUGUCGCGUUCACUUCCGCCCUCGCGCGGGAGCGUGUCGAUACCCAUAUCCAUGCUCUCCCUCCUCCGUACAUCGAGGCCCUCGAGGCAGCGGGUGGUGAUCCGUCCGGCUUCCCAACCCCUCAGUGGACACUCGAAGCCACUCUACGGUCCAUGGACCUGGCAAACACCCAAGUCGCCAUCCUGUCCCUCUCGACGCCGGGCAUUCCCAUCGCCGGCACGGGUGAGGCUGCCAGAAGCCUGACCCGGACCAUGAACGAGUACUUUGGCAACGCGACGUCCCUGCCCAAGCACACCGCGCGGCUUGGGUUCUUCGGCGUGCUCCCGGACUGGCGGGACGUCAACGGCACCCUCGCUGAGCUGGACUACCUGUACUCGGAGCAGAAGCUGUGCAACGGCGUCACCGCCUACACCACCUACGGCGACAGGCUGCUCGGCGACCCUCUCUUCGCCCCCGUCUGGGACAGGCUCCAGCGGUACAAGGCGCUCGUCUUCGUCCAUCCGGGUACCCUGACCGUCGCGCCAAAGUUCAUUGCCUCCAGCCUGGCCCAGCCCAUCGUGGACUACCCGCUCGCAACCACCCGCACCGCCGUCGACCUCGUCAUGACCCAGACGAUGCGCCGCUGCCCGGACGUCGACGUGAUCCUCUCCCACGCCGGCGGCGCCGUCCCGUUUCUCGCGGGAAGGGCCAUCGGCGGGCUCGCGCUGCCGGAGAUUGCCGACGCCGUCGGAUACAACGCACUGGGGGCCGCCAAGGACUUUGCUCGGUUCUACUACGACAUCGCUCUGAGCACGAGCGCCGCCCAGCUCCAUGGGCUCCUGGACUUUGCGGACGCCUCCCAUAUCCUGUUCGGCUCCGACUUCCCGUACGUUCCGCAGGCGGCCAUCAGCACGCUGCUGGCUCAGUAUGCUACGUUCGUGACCACGGACGCCAGAGGGCCCUUGGUUAGCCCCGCGAGGCUUCGGGAGAACUCUCUGAAGCUGUUAAACAGACACGCUUUGGGAAAGGCUUUCUAGGGGAUGCAGUGUAUCCUGGCUUGCCGUUCUUGGUGUCUGGAUAGAUGUGGCGUUUUACUUUUCUUCUGCUUCUGCUAUUUCUUCCUCUUCUCCUUCUCCUUCUCCCUCUCCUCCUCCGUCAACCAGUUCGCGAAUGGACCACGGGGUCGACAAGGGUCUCUAGAUAGGAAUUUUACGCCGCAGAUGGCUUAGUAUAGAGAGAUGAAUUAAAU